AUGUUGUCAGAUAGUCAUGAUGACGAUGAUUUAUUUAGUUAUACUUCAAGUCAAAACUAUAGUGAUAUUGAUUAUCAAGUUGAUUUAAUUGAAAUGCGUCAAUCUAUUAAAUGGGACAAAUAUUGGAAACAAAAACAAAAACAAAACGAAUGGUUAUGUCCUAUAUCAACAAGAAAACUGCAAUCACAUGCUGUACUAUUAAAAAUUUCUUGUAAACGAUAUGAACAAAAACCUAAAAUUGAACAAAAAUCAUUUGGUUAUCGACGUUUUUCAUCAUCAUCAUCAAGGGAAUUCGAAUGUGAUGAAAAAUUUCUAGUAGAAACCACAAAUACUGAAACCAAAAAACUAUCAAAAUCAUCGAAAAAAUUAGUCAAGCAGAAAGGAACAGAAUUUUCCAAUUUUCGUGCUCAAUUCUAUCGAAAAAAUCAUAAAAACAUCAAAUCAUCUCUCAAUAAAUGUUUCGAUACAAAAAUCGUUAAUAUUAGAGAAGCACCAAUUAACGAAUCUGUUCAAAGUGAAUUUAUGAAAAGAUUAAAUCAAAAUAGUAAUCCUUCAGCAGAAUUAGUUUAUCAUGGAACACAUUUUAAAAACAUAAAAAGUAUACUUCGUUUUGGUCUUUUAAUACCAAAUCAAGCACACCCAACAGAUGAAAAUGCGCCAAUUAUUCAAUCAGUACAUGGUCAAGCAUAUGGCCAAGGAAUUUAUUGUAGUCGACGUGCAGCUUAUUCUGUAUCAUAUGCUCAAUCUUGCAGUACACUUUUAGCUUGUGCUGCAAUACCAAACGAUGAUCAAGUGGGAAAAGUUCAAUAUUUAGGUGGAAGUAUUUUAGUUUUACCCCAUGUAUCACAGAUUAUACCAUUGUUUUUCAUUGAUUUCUCUCCUACGAAUGGACCAAUUUUUAAUAGUCCUUUGUAUCCUUCAGAUACACAAUUACAAACAUAUAGAAUUCCAAAAGAGAAACAACCGCUGAUGAUUCCAGAACAAAUUUUACGAAAAAUAUUGAGUUGUAUGAAUAAUCGUAUUCGAAAGAAUGAAAGAUAUCAAAUACGAUUACCUAAUUAA